AUGGCAAGCGUUGUACCUCAAAGCGGUACAGAGAAGGCAGUUUUAGAUGCCAACACGGAGCCCGGCAACGCCACAGAAUCUAGCAAACCGGAGAAUACUGAUGAUGAUAUCAUUAUAUCACAGGACUGCAACGCUCCGACUGGCGUCUCCAUUUUACAGCUCUGGAAAUACUCGACAAAACUCGAGGCUUUUCUUAUCAUAAUUGGGUUGAUCAGCGCUGCUGGUGCCGGCGCCAUCCAGCCAUCCCUCGCGAUCAUGUUUGGAAAUUUAGUGGAUGUUAUGAACGACUUUUAUUCUUACGUGCCAACGUAUCAGUCAGAUCCCACGAACCCCGUCCUUAGAUUGGAGUUUGAGAGUAGAAAAACUACCUUCAAGGAUGGCGUGGACUACAACUGCUUAAUGCUUCUCGUUAUCACUAUCUGCAUGUUUAUAGCCGUCUAUGGCUUCUUUUACAUCAGCCAGUAUACUUCUGAAACCAUCUCUCGUCGACUUCGCCUCUUAUAUCUUCGCUCAGUCUUGCGUCAGGACAUUGCUUUCUUCGAUAGGAUAGGAGCCGGCGAGAUAGCCACCAGGAUUGAGACGGACAUGGCCUUGAUCCAGAGCGCCAUUUCUGAAAAAUCAAACUUGGCAGUUAUGUUCCUGUCUAGUUUCGUAGUGGCUUUCAUCAUAGCAUUCAGUAUACAAGCGCGUCUGGCUGGUAUCUUAUUCAUCGUAGUCCCGUGCAUUGCGAUUGCUAUGGUGGUUAUUAUAAUUUUCAUUACAAAGUAUGAAGAGAAAGGUCUCCAGAACAUCGCUGAUUCAGGUACACUAGCCGAGGAAGUUAUUUCUACAAUACGCACAGCGAAGGCUUUCAGUAUACAGACUGCAUUGGGUUUAUUGUAUGAUGAUCAUCUCAAGGCAGCUCGCAGAGAAGGGUUCAAGCUGGCCACCGUCACGGCUGUUGGAUUCUCGUCCUUCGAUUUCAUGGCUUACUCAGCAUAUGCUCUGGCUUUUGUGGUAUUCGCGCAUUUACUUCUGAAUGGCACGUCCGUCGGCCAAUUGAUAUCAGUAGUUGAGGCAAUCAUAGUUGGUGCGUUUGGACUAGGCAUGGUUGCCCCACAAUUACAGAUCAUCGCUAAAGGACAAGCUGCCGCGGCCAAGAUCUACGAAACGAUUGAUAGGGUGCCGUCGAUCGACAGUGAAUCGGAAGAUGGCAUCAAACCUGCGUCUGUGAACGGAAGUAUUACAUUUCACCAUAUUAAUUUCGCGUAUCCUUCACGACCAGGUGUACAAGUGAUGAAGGAUUUUAACGCUACUUUUCCUCCGGGACAGUUUACAGCACUUGUUGGUGCGUCUGGAAGUGGAAAAAGUACAUCAGUAAACCUCAUUGAGCGCUUCUACGAUCCCCUUUCCGGCACCGUCAAGCUCGAUGGUCACGAUUUAAAGGACCUCAAUGUCAAGUGGCUUCGCAGCAAGAUCGGUCUGGUUGGCCAGGAGCCUGUUCUUUUCAACGAUACCGUACGCGCUAAUGUUGAACAUGGCCUGAUCGGUACAGAUAUGGAGUACUUCUCGGAUCAACAGCGACUGGAAUUGGUUGUUAGAGCCUGUCAAACAGCUAAUGCAGACAACUUUAUUCAAACUCUACCCUCCAAGUACAAUAACACGGUCGGUGAGCGCGGUAUGCUCUUGUCGGGAGGACAAAAGCAGCGACUUGCCAUUGCUCGUGCUAUCGUAUCAAAUCCCCCUAUUCUACUGCUGGAUGAGGCUACUGCUGCUCUUGAUUCGGCUUCUGAAUCCAUCGUCCAAAAGGCACUCGAUCAGGCUUCCCAGAACCGUACGACGGUGGCCAUUGCACACCGUCUCUCGACUAUCAAGAAUGCGCAUCAGAUUAUCGUGAUGGGUAGUGGCAAAAUCCUGGAAGUUGGCAAUCACUAUUCCCUCACUUCUAAUCCGCAAAGUGCAUACCUGCAGCUUGUCAACGCUCAGCAACUCGCAGAGAGCACUGAGGAUAGUGAAGCAGGGGUAGCUGAGCAUGUAGAGGUGCCUACAAAAGAUGAAAAUAGGAGUGUUAAAUCCAAACAACUUUCGAUCGCCUCGGAAAUUUUACGCGAUGGCGAAAGCGUCCCUGAGAAGGUAAUCAAUAAGUACUCAUGGACGCACGUCCUCAGUUCCCUUGUUAAGAUAAAUCGGAGUGCUUGGCCGCUAUAUGUGAUUGGCACAUCAGCUGCGAUCUGCAGUGGCGCUGCCUUUCCUUGCUUCGGUAUAAUAUUUGGUAAAACCCUACAAGAGAUUAGUGAAAGAACACCUGGCGACCCGGACUAUCAAUCCUACAUCAAGUCCCAUUUAGAUCGUGAUGCUCUAUGGUUCUUUGUCAUCGCUCUGGGUGCUGGUGUUGCUCUCGUAAUUCAGACUUACUGCAUGCAAAGGUCCGGAGAAAUGCUCACUUUCAUCCUGCGACAUGAGUCGUUCAAGAAGCUUCUGCACAUCGAUGUUGAUUAUUUUGAUCGUAAAGAAAAUAACACGGGUGUGUUGUGUUCUGGUUUAGCAAGUAACGCUAAGUCAGUGAAUGGUUUGGCUGGUAUUUCAAGUGGUAGUAUUCUUCAAUGUCUCGCAACAGUUAUAAUAGGCGCUGCUGUCGGCAUCGGUUACUCAUACAAAAUUGGGUUGGUGGGCGUAGCUUGCCUGCCUCUCACAUUUGCCGCCGGUCUCACCGAGCUGAAAAUAGUCACUCUGAAAGAUAAGCAUUCAAGAGAGAGCUACGAAGAGUCUUCGAAUAUGGCUUGCGAGUCUGCUGGUGCAAUAAGAACCGUAGCCGCACUCACAAGAGAGGAUCAGAUUGUGAGCCACUACGGUAAUCUCCUCCUCAAGCCAUACAAUACGGCAAUAAGAUCUGCGCUAUGGAGAAGCGCCGUUUUUGCACUUGGACAGGCAUUGAGUUACGGUUCUAUCGCACUUAUCUUCUAUUGCGGCUCGCUUUGGCUUAUGGACCUCACUCUUGAUCUUCAAUCAUUUUACGUAAGUCUGGAAAGUAUAAUUUUCGCAGCCAUUUUGUCUUCACGUAUAUUCACGUACGUACCGGAUUUAAGUAGUGCUAGAGGAGGUGCGACUCGCAUUCUGAGGCUGUUGAAACAUCAAGACAAGAUAGAAAUUGAUAGUGCCAAUUAUAGCGGCAAGCACCUCGAUACUGUUGAAGGUCACGUCACAUUUGAUGAUGUGCAUUUCAGGUAUCCAACUCGCCCAGAUGUACCGGUCUUACGUUCACUCGAUCUGGACAUCAAGCCGGGCAGUUAUGUGGCAUUGGUGGGGCCUAGUGGAUGUGGAAAGAGUACUACCAUACAGCUCAUCGAGCGCUUUUACGAUCCAACAUACGGCUCUGUCAAGCUAGAUGGACUAGAAUUGCGCGACAUCAAUCUCAACAAUCUCAGAUCUCACAUGGCACUCGUCUCUCAGGAGCCUACGCUCUACGGAGGCACUGUCAAAUACAAUAUUGCAAUGGGAGCAACCAAACCACAUGAGGAGGUCACACAAGAGGAGCUGAAAGAAGCCUGUGCAGAUGCCAACAUUCUCGACUUUGUACAAGGUUUGCCGGAUGGAUUCGAGACGCAGGUCGGUGGUAAAGGUACGCAACUAUCGGGAGGUCAAAAGCAGCGUAUCGCUAUCGCCAGAGCUCUCAUACGAAAACCAAAGAUCCUCCUGCUCGACGAGGCUACGAGUGCACUCGACCAGAAUAGUGAGGCGGUUGUACAGGCCGCGUUGGAUAAGGUGGCGUCGGGUAGGACUACGAUAGCUAUCGCUCAUCGUCUCUCAACUAUCCAGAAGGCGGAUAGGAUAUACGUCUUCAAGGAUGGGAUGGUCAGUCAAGCUGGAACCCAUAAGGAGCUGAUCGAGGAGAGGGGUGGACUUUAUGCAGAGCUCGUCGCUCUUCAAACGCUUUCCAAGCGUAGUGAGUAA